UCCAGGCAAGUUUCGAGAGCAAAUUUGAAUGUAUUUUGGUGUUGUUUUACAGCUCAAAUGAAAAGCAGCUCACUCGAGAACGAGUGUAACAUCGUAAUGCAAAGUCAUACAUUCUAUAAGAGCAGAUAUCACUAUGAGUACCUGUUCACUGGAGCAUCCCAACGGGCAGGAGGCCGAAUCUCUCCCCGCCAAGAGGCUCUGCAAGGGGGAGUGCGCGCAGGAUGGGUCGGUCGAAGGUGGAGGGGGGAAGGCAAGCAGGGCCGUGGAGGUGUCUAUAGUCAUACCAGUGCAUAACGCCUCCUGCUGGCUGGAUGAGUGUCUGCAGGGGAUUGUGGACCAGGACUACACUGGCUCUAUGGAACUGUCUGUCUACGAUGAUGCCAGCACUGAUGGCUCCAGAGCGAUAGUGGAGGGAUGGAGGGAGAGGCUGGAAAGGAGAGGUGUUUCCAUGGUGAUCUCUGGCCAUGACUCCGCCCAACCCAGGGGAGUGGGUCAUGCCAAGAACCAGGCUGUGUCUCAGAGCUCAGGAAAGUACCUCUGCUUUCAGGACGCUGAUGAUGUGAUGAUGCCUCAGCGAAUACAUCUCCAAUACGAGGCCUGCCUCUUCAACUCUACCUCUUUGAUUGGCUGUCAGGUCCGCAGGGAUCCAGAGGGAUCUACUGAGCGCUACACACGCUGGAUCAACAACAUCAGCCAGGAUCAACUUAGCACCCAGGUGUACACCUCUCACGGCCCUACGGUCAUCAUGCCAACCUGGUUCUGCUCCAGGCAUUGGUUCCAGCGGGUCGGAACCUUUGACGAGGGCGGCAAGGGAGUUCCAGAGGAUCUGUUGUGGUUCUAUCAGAGUGUUGGUCAGGGAGGAGGUGUGGUUAGAGUGGACCAGUGUUUACUAGUCUACCGCUACCAUCAACAAGCUGCUACACACUCUGUCCUGGAGGAAACCAUUUGGAACCUCCGUGUGGCCUUCCUCCAGGAGAGAGUUAUCAACCAAUGGGAAUCCUUCACCAUAUGGAAUGCUGGGAAACAGGGCCGGAAACUAUACCGCUGCCUCAGUUCCUCCAAUCAGAAGAAGGUUCGAGCGUUCUGCGACGUGGACGAGAAUAAGAUCAAGAAAGGCUUCUACACCUAUGAGGAGUCCAAGGAGAGGCCCAAGCCUCAGAUCCCUGUACUGCACUACAGAGAUGCCUCUCCACCCUACAUCAUCUGUGUCAAGCUGGACAUGACCGGAGGAGUGUUUGAGGAAAACCUGAAGUCUCUCCAUCUGGAAGAAGGAGUUGACUACUACCACUUCAACUAACACUCUGAGAUGGAGAGGAGAGGAGUUGACUACUACCACUUCAACUAACACUCUGGGAUGUAGAGAUGGAGAGGAGUUGAC